AUCCGCAGAAGUUACUUAGACAAGUUCGGCUCUUUGAUUCGGACAGUUGGUACAUCGUGACCAUCUCGUAUUGUCCAUCUCUUAGAAAUCGAUCUAUAGACAAUGGCGGAUAAAGAGAAGAAGAAGAAGACUAAGAAGAAGGAAGAGGCGCCACCACCCGAGCCCGAGCCAGCACCAGCUGAAGAAAAAGCAUCAACUCCAACAGGUACACCAAAAGACUCUGGUUCUGCUAGAGCAAGCAGCCGUGGCAGUCGCAAGGCUAAACGCAGCGGAUCCAGUGUAUUCUCCAUGUUUUCUCAGAAACAAGUAGCUGAAUUUAAGGAGGCAUUUCAACUAAUGGAUGCGGAUAAGGAUGGUAUUAUUGGUAAGAAUGAUCUUCGAGCAGCUUUCGAUUCUGUCGGUCGAUUAGCAACCGAUAAGGAGAUCGAGGAAAUGCUUAACGAAGCUGCUGCGCCCAUUAACUUUACUCAACUGUUAAAUUUAUUCGCCGUUCGUAUGUCAGGAUCAGGUGCUGAUGAUGACGAUGUUGUAAUCAAUGCCUUUAAGACAUUCGAUGAAAAUGGCAAAAUCGACGGCGAAAGGUUAAGGCACGCUUUAGUGACGUGGGGCGAUAAAUUCACACCAAGGGAGGUGAAUGAUGCAUUUGAUCAAAUGUACAUCGAUGAUAAAGGCUUCAUUGAUACUCCGAGCUUAAUUGCCAUGUUGACCGGCACGGGCGAAGAAGAAGAAGAAUAAGAUCUAAAAUUGUAUCAUCAAGAAAAGAAUGUUGAAGUCUCAUAUUCAUACAAAAUUUGUCUCAAAAGAGAACAGAUAUUUUAUAUGCAAUUCUUUCUCUUUCCUGUUUUUUUUUCUUUUCUCCUAGCUUUUUUCUUUUCUCAUACUCUUUUCCUUAGUGACAAAAAUAUGACAGUACGCAACUACUUAAUAUUACUUAAUCUAAACGGACUAUUUCUCAUUUUCUUUCUGUUUCUCUCUCUUUUGCAUCUCUUCGUCAUUCUUUCCUUUUUUGCUAUUUUUCGCCUUUCUCUAAUAUUUUUUCUCUUUUUUGGUCUAUACCUUUUUCUUUUCUCUUCCUACGAAUCUUUUUCUAUCUUUUCUUAUUUAUCUCUCUCUUUAUCAUUUGAUCUGUCUCAUUUCGUUUUCUAUUCUCUCUCUUUCUCACUCUACCUGUUUUCAUCUUUUUGCUCUAGAGAACACUGCUGAUUCCAGAAGGGAUGACGAAUCUAAGAAAAACAAAUUUUAACAUAAUUCACAAGUGUACAAAAGAUAAAUGUUUGUCGAUAAAUAAAGCUUCGUCUUGCCCUCUUCUCGUUCAUGUAUAAUAAAGAUAUUGAUUCUUUAUUUUAAUAAAAGUAAUAAAUUCUGUAAAAA